UCCCCGUCGCCUUCUAGAAUUCCCCAUCCCCUCUCUCUCUCUCUCUCAGAGAUCGAAUCGAAGGAGAUGGGAGUGCUGUCGAACAAGAUCGAGAGGGAGAAUUUGAAACCGGGGGAUCACAUCUACUCUUGGAGGCACGCCUAUAUCUACGCCCACCAUGGGAUAUAUGUCGGCGAGGGAAAUGUUAUCCACUUUACUAGUGAUCCAGGCCAGAAUAGUGGAAAAGGAACUGUGGUAGACCGCAUCAGUGUGAGCUCAGCAUCUUCCUCUCGUCCCAUGGACAAUCCUUGCCCAAUCUGUGGAGAUCAAUCGAAUCUCAAUGGAGUCAUCACUUCUUGUCUAGAUUGUUUUCUUUCGGGUGGAAAUCUGUACCUUUUUGAGUAUGGUGUCACACGAUCAUUCUUUCUUGCCCAAGUUCGUGGAAGUACCUGCACUCUUGCUUCAUCUGAUCCACCAGAAGAUGUUAUUCACCGUGCUAAAUAUCUCCUUCAGAAUGGCUUUGGUUCCUAUGAUAUUUUCAAGAACAACUGCGUAGACUUUGCCAUAUAUUGCAAAACAGGUUUGCUUGUGAUCGGUAGCAUCAGCGUGGGACGAAGUAGACAGGUGGCAUCCUUUCUAGUAGCUGCUGCUAUGGCUGUAAUUUCUAAUCCAAUAACAUAUCUCACUACCAGUUUUAGCAUAUAUUGUGUCGCUCGUUAUUAUUCCGAUAUUGGAGUACGCAGUGAUGUCGAAAAAGUUGCUGUGGAGAGUCUUGUUGAGAUGUUUAAGCGGGGCUAAUCUUUUGAGUUUGGCAGGAGGCAUUUGCAAGGUGGUUGUAAUAAUUUGAUUGCUGCAAAUGUCAAAUACAUUUAUAAUGCUUUGUUUU